AUGGAUUUAGGAUCCAACUUUCAUGCUAAGCUAGAGCCAUUUCUCUUGGUUGGAAAGUCGAUGAAAGGAGCCGCCGCUGCCAAACUCAUUUUGGAUGCUACUUCUGCACCCGGAGUCUUUGUCUUUUCUGAGUUGCUCGAACUUCCAAACAUUCAGGAGCUCGCUUCUCAUGAACAAUACGCAUCUCACCAUGCCCUGUUGCAAGUGUUCUCCUACAAGACGUAUGCGGACUACCUUCAGCGCAAGGACUCGCUACCGCCGCUGAAUCAAGCGCAGACGGUCAAAUUGAAGUACCUAUCGAUAGUGACGCUGGCAUCGGAACGAAGGAUAUUGCCCUAUAGUACGCUUUUAAAGGCGCUCGAUAUGCCGUCAAUUCGCGAACUCGAGGACUUGAUCAUCGACGCCAUCUACCUCGACAUACUCCGUGGCAAGUUGGAUCAGAAGGAAGAACAGCUCGAAGUGGAGUACACCAUGGGAAGAGAUCUAGAGCUCGGGAAGCUAGAAACUGUCCUCGAGGCGCUGAAGGAUUGGCAUUCAACGACAGCCGCAGUUUUGACUACACUCGACGAGAAGCUGGUAUCCAUUUCGUCCGCCGCCGCAGCUGCGAAGGCUGAACGAGAGGGCUACGAUAAAGAGCUGAACGGUAUCCUGAAGGAGAUUGUGGAGAAGCAAAAGGACAAAAACAUGGCCAGUGGGAUGGGGGGUCAGUUGGGACGACGGGGGACUCACGAUAGUAUGGACAUCGACGAGCCCGAGAAUGUCAAAGGCAAGAGUCGGAGAGCGCCUCAAGAAGCAUUAUCAAAGCAACAAAGAAAGCGAAACAGUUCCGUCGUCAACUUCAAGCCCACGCCGAGGGAAGUUUUAGGUGGCAUAGCGCCCCACUUGUUCGAAGAACGGCCGAGGAGGCGGUCGUCGAGCAGGACGCGGUCAGAAGUUCACCUACCGCCGACACAUAAGAGAAAUGUGUCGUCUUCGCCACUUCGCGUGUCCGCCAUCCUAACGGCUUGGGAUGAAAACGGGCAACUCAUGGGCCGAUCAGAACAAGAACUCGAGGUUAACAGUGAUGAUUCCGAUUCGGAUGAACCGCUGCAGACAACUGUCACGUGUACGCUGGACGAGAAGGGCGCGCAUGUAGAGACAGAGACAUCCCACAGCCGAUCGAUAAUGAAGGUGGAUAAAACCCGCCUGAAAUCCCUCAAGAUAUCGAGAGGACUGAGGACCAUUGUCAUUAAGCUCAGGUGA